CACAGUCUGCCCCAGAGUCACCGGCGCACGAUCACCCGGACCGAGUCACCUCCAACUCACUCACGGAGUCACCGGCGCGCGGUUCCACGAUGAAGAGAAGGAGAAUGAGCUCCACCAGCGACCGUAGAAAUCCACGGCGGUUUCAUCCUCGCGCUGAGACGAGCGGAGGUUUUCGUGGAGGUCGGAGCUCCGACGGUCAGUUCGGCGCGGCAGCAUGUUUGGGAGUGUUAACCUAAUAUCUGCCGAUUCAAAUUCAUUGAGCUGAAGUGGAAAUGGCUCUGUGACUGAAAUGUCUUUCGGGAGCAAUUGGUUUCGAUUACUUAGUUUUAGAAUCAGAUUUUGACGUUGGAAAUUGUGGAUCAGAAGUGUGAGUUAUUUUCCCUCUUUGAUGUUUGAUCUAUUGAUUCUUUUGUUGAAGAAACUGCCUGCCGGAAAAGGGUGAAAUUUGCUGGUUCCAACAAGGACUCCUCGAGUUGCAGAGACGUUGAUUACAGCAAACACGAAGUAGAAACUACGACUCGGAGAUCUGAGCAGCCGAAGACUGCGGAGUAUGCAUUCUUUCAGAAGUUGAAGGAGGCCCGAGCUCGUGGGUUUCCUUCUCAUCCGUUGGACGUAGAGAAAAACAAAUCUGAAACGUUUGAAUCUCGUGGAGAUCGUGGAAGUGAAUGUUAUGGUGUUGUCCACGGAAGUGAUAAAGGACAUGGUUCAUCAAUUGUUACUGAAAAUGGCAUGCUUUUGAAAUUGAAUUCCUUUGUCUACCCAGUUGAUGCCUCAUUGGAUAAAUCAGAUUUGACUCAUGCUCCCAGAGUCUUGCCAAGUAUUUUUGUCAAGCAGAAAAGUUUGGAUGAUUGCAGUAAUGCUUCAGAAAUGAGGGGGGCUCAGUGUACUCUGGAUGUCUUUUCCAGAAAGAGAGAAAAUCUGCUUCAAUGGUUGAGGAGUACUUUAUCUCCUGAAAUCAAUGAGCUUCGUUCAAAAAGGUUUGAUUUCCUGUCUUUACUCCUAAGUCGAUUGUUUGGGACAGGGGAUGAGGACAAGAUCAGCAAGACUCUCAAUAUGGACCAGACCGAAGCAGAUGGCACGCAUGGUAAAGCUGUUGACUUUCAUUUGGAUGCCAACAUAAAAGAGUUUUAUCAGAAGCCGAAAGAGCUCGUAGAAGUUGGAUUUGAAUCAUUUCGAGGAUGUGGUUCAUCAUCUUCUUGGCCUAGAAAAUCUGGAGAAAGGAUUUUCUCAGUUUACAGCACUCCGUCUGCUUAUGGAUUUGUUCCUUGGUCAGAAACGAGAGAAAUGGACUGCAUAUCAUUGGGAAAUAUCGGGGACCAGAUCAGAGCAAUUGAUAUGAAGUGGAAAGCUGUUAACUUUCAUCCUGAUAUCAAGAUAAAAGAGUUCUAUCAGGAGCCAAAAGUGCUCGUAGAAGUCGGAGUUGAAACAUUUCGGGGAUAUGGUUCAUCCUCUGCUGGGCCAAGCAAAUCUGGAGAAAGGAUCCUCUCAGUUUACGACUCUCCAUCUGCCUAUGGAUUUGAUCCUUGGUCAGAAACGAGAGAAGUGGACUAUAUGUCAUGGGAAAAUAUCAGGGAUAUAGCACCGUAUGCCACAAGUGAUUCUGCAUUGGACUUUCCACAUAGAGUGGGUAGCACUGUUUCUUGCAAUUUUCUGAGGAACGUGGACUUUCCUCAUGCAAAUUCAAAUGGGCCAUUCCUCAGGGGACAGUCACACACUCCACUUCUGCCAUGGAAUUCUGACAAAGAUGAAAGGGAUUGGCUCACAACAUGUGCACGUGAAGAGGUGACUAAUGAUCACUCUCUAUCUCUCAAUUUCCAGGACAUUGAUCAUCAUCAUAGCAUUAUGGGAGGUUAUUCUGGUAAAAACACAUUCCCCGCAUUGCCUCCGAAUGACGGUUCUAGUACUGAAACAUGUUUUCAUGCGGGCUUUAAGGAAGAUUCAGCUGCAUUCCUCAAACAUACUCCGAUCACAUUAUCGUACUUUCCGAGCCGUUUUCAUCUUCCUGAAGAGUGGAUACAUGACCUCUUAUUGGAAGUGUUUUCUCAUCAAAAAACAGAUGAGUACAAGGAUGAUAUUUUCACCGAGAGGCAUAACCAUCAAUCUGGUAUGAUAAGCUCUGCACCUCAUUCAGUUUUUGGAUCUGAUUUGGGAUGGAAGUCCCUGCUUCCUUGGGAUUCAUCGGGUGAAGCCCAGUUAAUUUUUGACCAAGCCCUUCUGUUUCAUCAAGAAGAAAAUGUCAUUUCUUCAUCCUUCUACAGGAAGGCAGGCUGGGAGGAUUUCAUGGAAGACACUUUCAGAAUCAAUUCUUCAGGCUGUCCCAGCCAAAGUAUCGACUUACCAUAUUUGAACUUUUAACUCAUCUUUUCAAAUAGAUGCCUGUGACCAUUUUCACUGA